AUGUUCAGCAUAACCAUUCCAUAUAAUAAUCGUUAUCACCAAUAUUCGGCGAUAACCAUCCUUCGUUAUUUGUGCCUCAAAAUGUUGUUGCUGGCGAUUCCGCUGCUCAUCAUUUUCCCAUAUCUCGUCCAUUUCGCGUUGAGACCCGAUCCCGUCAAAAUCGCCGGAAUCUACAGUGUUCGCGGCACAUGGUAUCAUUUGAAAUUCUAUCUGAUGCGCUUCAUAAUUGCCAGACGGCAAAAGAAGCAGAAGAGCGUCGAAUCGGAGAAUUUGAUGAAUUCGCAAUUUGGUGGCGACGGCGGCGAACGGAAUAUCGAGAAAAUGGAGACGAAACAUGAAUUGCCAAAGGAUUUUGCCGCUGACGCGGUUUUCUUUGAUGCUUCAAACUCGGAUGGAUGGUAUUUUACAUUGGGAACUGCGCAAAGACCCAAUGACAUUAUCAAUUUGUUUUUCAUUCUUCGUAUUCCGAAUGUUGGGACCCUUGUGAAUGAAGAACUACUCACGAAUACCAAUAGUAUCAACGUUUCGAACAAGGAAUGGCGAACAGCCAGCGGUUUCGUCGUCACGUGCAUCAAACCAAUGGAGGAAUGGCGAGUUCAGUUCAAAGGACAACUCACAAAAUCGCCGGGAAGGAGGAUUUUCGCAAAAAUUGGAGUCGAUCCACUUCCCGAGAAUCUUGAGCGAAUCGACGCCGAAUUCGAUUUGAAAUGGACAAAUCACGGCGAUUAUUUCGAUUUCGACAAAAUGGUCUCGCCGACAGCCAUUGCUCACUCGUUGGCGAUCGAACCGUGGAGUCGGCAGUUGUUCGAAAAAAUGAGAGCGUCGCAUCAGACCCAUUAUGAGCAGUUUGGAUAUCUUAAAGGCACAUAUCGCAUUGGUGAGAAGAAGUUUGAUAAUAUUCGAAUGACGAGCAUGAGAGAUCACACAAUUGCAGGCUAUCGCAGAUGGAAGGAUAUUCGACGCUAUAUAAUGAUGAUCUACCAUCUGGAAGAUGGCACCUGCAUUCACACCUCUGUUAUCUCGAUGCCAGAAGUGGUAUUCAGCCACCUCGAGUUCGGAUACAUCGUCACUCCAAGCGGCGAAACAAAACCAGUCGAUCGUGUGCACUUCUCACUAUACAACCACGGCGAAGACAAGAAGUUCCCCGAAAAAUUCCACUAUUCAUUUGAUGUUGGAUCCGAAAAAUACGAAGUCGAUGUGUUCUUGAAGGACGUCGUUUCAUUCAAAAUGGGACUCGAUCUUGCAUGUCAAGUCAACGAAGGAAUGGCCGAGUUCGUUGUCGAUGGAAACCGCAAAGGCUGGGGAUUCGCCGAAGUCGAAUAUCGCAUCGAUCCAUAUUAG